AUGCAUUAUGCAACACUAUAUUAUUUUAUAGUUUAUGGUUGCAUACCUUUCGAUUACAAUUCAAUUGCGCAAAAUAUCGCGUUACAAUCACAUUAUGCUCUCGGUGAAAAUACUCUCAAAUCGCAACCAAUCAGUAUCAGUAAUACAUUGGAAAAUAGACCCAUUGAUGGAACAAGCGAUUUGUUCUGCUAUGAUUUUGAUUCCAGUUGUCGAUGGCAUAAUUUAGAUAAUUUAUUUAUUCAUGAUGAUUUAAAAUGGUUCCGCGGUAAUGGCUUUCUGGACCGUAAUCGUUUACAGGUAUCAACCGGAACAGACAUCACACCUGAUGGAAGUUAUAGCAUUGUGGCAACAGAUCAAAUUCAGGCUCCGAAUUCGAAAGCGACAUUAGUUAGUGAUGUAAUAACCUGUCAGGUUGGAGUGGGAGAACUGCGAUUCAUGUACUGGAUAAGUCCAGAAGUAAGAUUAACAGUAUGUCUAAAGCGCAUUAGUCAAUCAUAUCCAAAUUUUGACUUCUGCACCAGUCCGAUAAGAGGAGGGAGUCCAGGACCGGCGCAAAUUAGUAUUGAUGACCUUGGAAAUGAACCAUUCCAGAUUUUGAUCCAAGCUGAUAAUUUCGUGUUUCACUCUGGUAAUUUGGAAGGUGGUUUUGCGAUCAUUGACAACUUGGAGUAUUAUGGUGAUCUGUGUUUUGAUCCUACUAUGCUUCCGAUUGAUAAAGAUAUCAUCGUAUCGCAUGUUAUGUAUGACGAAAGUGAAUCGACAGGAAGUCCUGGCCCAAAAACUACCUUUACGGAUUAUAAAUCUGUAUGUAAUGUACUACAAUGUACUUUCGACGAUGAUAGUGAUCAGUGUAGCAUAGAUACUUCGAAUUCAAUGUGGUCCAUUGCGCGUCCUAGUAGUGAUGGAAUUCGGAUAGAGAGUAACUCUUCCGGCCCGUUUUACGACCCAGCUGAUUCGUUUAUUUACAUCGUAGGACCUGUAGCAAAGGCUCGUCUUCAUACUGCACCCUUCCAAUCCAUCAUUGAUUUCAACCUUCUUUUCUCUUAUUACAAAACUUCAAACAAUCCAAAACUGCGAGCUAUUAUCAAAAUGAGAGAAAAACCCACAGAAAAAACUGUCUUCACGGCUCUAAUGUGGGAGAAACAGAACAAACAUUGGUACCGAGAACUGAUUUCACUAGAAGCGGGGAUAUACGACUAUGUAGCUAUAGAGAUCCAAAAUUUGGAUGAUGACCAACAAAUCGGUAUUGACGAAUUCUUAGUGUUGGAUUCACAGAAGAGGCCAAUGUGCUCUCAGCAAAGGAAUUCCUGA